GCAACACCUAACAUUUGGACGCAGAUCAGGGAAUGGAAGAAACGUAGAAGAAGAGUGAAAACAGUGAGUCUCAGUUUUGUCCCUCCGAGCAUCUCGUGACUCCAAUAAAGAGGCGGCACCGCCUUGCACAACAUCCACUUUGUGGGAUCACUGGCCACUCAGAAGCCAAGAACCGGCCGACACAGACUAAAACAUGUCAAAUAUUCCAGUGCCUGUUGUGACAGUGGGCCCUUUAGGAGACAAUCCAGUCCAGAUUGUGUGUCCAAAAUGCCACCAGAUGGUCCUCUCUAAAGUGGAAUAUUCUUCUGGAUUACUCACCUACCUUUUCUGUGGAGGACUCUUCCUCUGUGGCUUCGUUUUAGGAUGCUGCCUCAUCCCGUUCUGUGUGGACCGCCUGAAAAAUGCCAAGCACACCUGUCCCAACUGCAAGACCGUCCUAGGGAGUGUAUAAACGCUUAUAGGCGAAAUGGCAGAGCUACGCUGCCGGCUCAUGCAUAGGUCACCCCGAUCCUAAAAUAAAACAGAUCUAAAACAACCUUUUUUGUUAAAUCAGCUGAGAAUUUUAGCCAUUUUUAAACACUUGUAAUGAGUGUAAGAAAUGAAUUGCAGUGAGACGUUUUUUUUUAUUCUGAUUUUGACAGAGAUGCUACAAAGACGGAUGGAUGUCGUCUAAACUCUCAAGACAACUUGGACGCUCUUGUUAAUGUAGAGCUUUUGAUAAAAAAAAAAAAAAACAUUUUGGCUUUUCCUGCAAACAUUAAAUGAUGUGAUUGUUACAAAUGUUCACUCUUUUGACCACAAGUAAAAAUGGGAGCAAUAAAUAGUUUUUCAGUAGCUUUUUAUUAUUAUUAUUAAUCCUAGAAUGAAACUUUAAGUUAAGCCUUGUUGAGGAUACAAGCUCUAAGGCGGGAGCAUUUAGAUAAACACAACAGAUAAGACAGAAAAUGUCGCCUUGAUUUUUCUAUGUGACUCUAUAACAAAUGUAUAAUUUUUGACACAAAUAUUUCUGUGAGCUCUACCUCUUCAGCAAAGUCAGUAUUUUCCUGAAUAUACAAUUUACCACAUAGAAAUGAAUAUAUUUUACACACCCUCCAUAAAACUUCAGAAAACACGAGGAACAUGUAUUUUUGGUCUAAACGCAUUAAUUACAAUACAAAGGAAAUUUGAACGCCUGAUGUAUUUUUGUUUUUUUUAAAUCAACCAACAAAGAUUUUCUUUUUUUUUAAAUGUGAAGUUUGCUCACGUUUACCUGUAUCAGACUUUAAUUGUUUUUUUUGGUGUUUUUUUUAAAUCAUAUUUUUAAAAGGAGGUAGAUAAUUGUUGUUUAGCCUAAUUUUUAAGUCUCAAAGUAAACUUUUGUUCAACCCUUUGCUGUGAAAAAAAGUUUUAUUUUCUUUUUGUUAUGAAAUUGG